AUGGGCCAGGCGCAAAAUCCUGCUUCUUCAGGCUUGAGCCACACGGACUUGCGACUGCUUCAAGUCCAAAAGGUGUUUGACUUGCCGCAACGAUCGGUGCUGGCAAGUCUGAUCGACUGUUACUUCGAACAUUGCUCUCCAUGGGUCCCCGUCCUGGAGCCUGCAGUGGUUGAAGACCUUGAUAGCAAUGGGUCGUCGCCGCUGUUGUUGAAUGCCCUCCUCCUUGCUGGCAGCCGUGUGACAUCGAAUGACCUCUUGGCCUCGUCGGCUGAGGAUUUCUAUCGGAAGGCAAGGCUAUUAUUCAUCCUAGGCCAUGAAAGAGAUCCGCUCAUUUCCAUCAUUGCCGUCACCCUGCUCCAGUGGUACAACCCUACGGGUCCCGAGCGCAUCUCCACAAGUACCAGUGGGUUUUGGGUCCGAAUCUCGGCUGGACUGGCAUACCAGACUGGGCUGCACAAGGAGCCUCCUGUUGCGGCGAAAGACAGGGCCCUUCGGCGCAGGCUGUGGUGGGCCAUAGUUGCACGAGACGACAUUAUCUCGGUGGGGACAGGGAGGCCGAGAACAAUCAAUCUGGACGACAGCGACGUCGUACCACCCACAGUCCAUGAUUUUCCAACUCCUGACAACAAAGCACGCUUGUUUGUGGCAUUCUCGGUGAUCAUCCGCCUCUUGGGAGAUCUUACGGAGAACAUCCGCCGGAAGACCGUGACGGCGACCAAGCGGACAAAUCUCGAAAACGGCCUCUAUCGCUGGGUUAAGGACUUGCCACCCAAUUUCCGUCUCUUCCAUCGAUCAUCAAGAAAGCUCAACCCGUACAGCUUCGAGGCCAGACAGCUUCUGGUGCCCUAUUUCGUGACUCUGUUCAUCUUGGCUCGACACUCACCUGAACAAAACGACAGAACUCUCAGAGCGUCGUUCAUUGCGUCCUCCUUCGUGGUGGGUAUCUUUGAAGAUUUCCUGAAUCGGGGCGAACUCUGUCACUGUGGACCGGUCUUCUCCUUCUAUGCCUUUGCAGCGGGGCUCGCUCAGAUGCCUGCGUUAAGAUACAGAACUCUUGCUGAGAGUUCGAGAGAGUCGUUCUCCAUAAUCCGCUCCUCUCUGACGGAGAUGAUGAAGAGAUGGGGCUCCGCGGAAGGUGCCCUGGCUGUCUUGGUCGAAAUCAACAAGCUUACCUUGCAGCGUCCGCUCCUCAGGGAUGUACCGAGUCAAGGAUCGACGACAGACUUCGCGCCAUUCUUUGACGACUUUGGUCCAGAACUCUGCAAACACUACUGGCUUUUGGAACGGACUGCAAGUGGUCAGAUCUCAAAUGCCCCUCCUUCGCUAUCGUCAUGUUUCGGCCAACCAGAUUUGAGUGAGACGCGAUCGGACCAUGAGGUCGAGAAUUCAGUCCACAGACUUCACUCUCAACCCGUGUUGGACCCAUCAGUCAUCAGUACUGAGCACGCCGACACGCUGCUCAUGAGUCAAAACCCGCUGUUCUUCGAUGACCUGGACCCAUCCGGUCGUUGGAUAGACGACUUGGGACUAGGUUUAGCCACAUACUAG